AAUGUUCUCACGGAUAAAGUUUUGAUAUGCUUUGUCAACUGAAAAUAAAAAGAUUCCAUAUUCUAAUCAUUCACUGUUCAAUUUCUAUGCCGAGUUCCCUUUCCCAUCUUGCAAGAUGGAGGGUGAAAAAGCUGAGAAGCCAGAUCCUAAAGAGAAGAAACCCGAAGACAAGAAGGCUGAUGCUGGUGGCAAGGUGAAAAGGGGUAACUUCAAGGCUAAAAAGUGCAGGAGAAGCCCCGUUGCAGCUGAAAUCUUGUCCUUGUCAAAGGAAUUGGCAGAUAUUUCCAAUCUGCCAUGUACAAGGAAAGAUAUUCAGCUGCUAUAUCCAAGGUUGAAAUGAAAAAGGAGAAGCUUCUUGCAACUGUUACAAAACCAUUUGGUGGUGACAAGAACGAUGGUUCCUGGGUAGUUAAACAUUGCAAAAUGCCUAGAUGUUAUCCUACUGAAGAUGUGCCUCAAAAGCUGUUGAGCCACAGAAAAAAACCCUUCAGUCAGCACACAAGAAAACUGCAAACCAGCAUCACUCCCGGGACCAUUCUGGUCAUCCUCAAUGGGCGCCACAGAGGCAAAAGAGUGGUUUUCCUAAAGCACCUGGCUAGUGGCUUGUUACUUGUGACUGGACCUCUGGUCGUCAAUCAAGAUCCUCUACAAAGAACGCACCAGAAAUCUGUCAUUGCCACCUCAACCAAAAUUCAUAUCAGCAAUGUAAAAAUCCCAAAGCAUCUUACUGAUGCUUACUCCAAGAAGCAGCAGCUGCGGAAACCCAGACACCAGGGAGGUGAGAUCUUCAACACAGAAGAAGAGAAAUACAAGAGUACAGAGCAGCACAAAAUUGACCAGAAAGCUGUGAACUCAUAGAUUUUACCAAAAAUCAAAGCUAUUCCUCAGCUCCAGGGCUAGCUGUGAUCUGUGUUUGCCCUGACAAAUGGAAUUUAUCCUCACAGGCCAGGCGUGGCAGCUCAUGCCUAUAGUCCCAGCACUUUGGG